AGUUCUGAAAAAUAUUAUGAACCAAGAUGGCGCCACUAUCAAUUAUCAUAAAUUGGCGUUCCCUUUUUUUAUGUUUAUUGUAUAAAGUGGCUUAUAAGUUGGACGUAUAUAAAAUAUUUUCGACUAUCGUUUAAUCUAGUGCAAAAUGAACAAAAAUACUCCACCACCACCGUAUGAACCUCCACCAUAUGCACCUCCAUCUUAUAGCCAAACUGUAGGAGGUGUUCCACCUGCUAGUCCAUUUACAUCUGCUGACAUUUAUGCACAAGGACCAACUAUUGUAACUACUAUUGUACCUAUGGGACCAGGACCGACUCAUACAAUUUGUCCACAUUGUCAAGCCGAAAUAGAGUCUACAACCAAAACAGAACCUGGCAUGAUCGCUUAUAUUUCUGGAGUUGUAAUAGCUUUACUUGGUUGUUGGUUUGGUUGCUGUUUAAUUCCUUGUUGUAUUGAUGAAUGUAUGGAUGUACAUCAUACCUGUCCAAAUUGCAAAGCUUAUCUCGGGCGUUAUCGAAGAUGAAUCAGAAACAAAGACUUGAAAUUUUUACUUGGAAUUUCAAUGUAUAAUAUUAUUUAUGAUGUUAUCUAAUAUGAAAUCUCAUUAAUUUUAUCUUCUUAUUUUACGUGUAUAUUUGUGUGUAUAAUCACCAGUAUCUGAAAGAUAAAGUGUAAAUAAUAUUAAGCUUUUUUCCAAGGUACAGCAAAAUCUUUAACAAUUACAGGAAUGAAAUGUUUUCUUUUCUAUUAAUUCUAUUUAUUACCAGUUAAAAAUAUUUCACAUGGAAUUAUAUAAAAAGAAAACAUUGCAUAUUUAUAUAAAAGAAAAAAAGUUAAAAUCUAUUUUGAUGAAUUUUAUUGAAAUAUAUUAUUUUUUUUUAUAAACUGUUUGUUUAUCAUUACGAGCACUUAUAUUUAAUGCUCACUUAAUAAAUUACAAUAUAGGCUACUUUCAAAUAAAGCAUUUGCGAAAACAAGCGCUCUAUUUUGACAAUUUAGCCUUUAAUUUUUUAUAAUAAUAUUUAAAAGAUUAUGAUACUGAAUCAAAUUUUAAUACUAAUAUAUUAGUAUUAAAGAAACUUGUAUAAUAACAGAUAUAUGUAUUAUAACAUUAUUUUUAAUAUACACGAUGUAUGAAA